AUGGUAAAGUCAGCAACUAUUAAGGGAAUAAUAAUACGCUUGGUAUUCCUAUUUCACGGUUACGUCAUUACAUGGCAACUUGGCGUCAGCUUUAUAAUUCCCGUUAAUCUGUCCGAAUAUCCCUGGAACUUGAGCUCUGCUACUAACUUGUUGCUGUUCUUCGAGGGUAUUUACACCUACAAAAUAAAGAAAAGUCAAACAUGGAAAUGGUUUCAGCCGUCUGUAAUUUUAUAUCUUCUUAGCGUGCUGCCUACAAUCUGGUACUUAGAAGGGAUGAAAGCAUUCAGUAUAGAAAAUAAAAGCGAAAGCUGUAGAAGGGAAGCAGAACGACGGCAGGACUUGUGUGACUUGAUAAAUCCAAAUAAUCCGUCACCUAAUAUGCCGAUUAUAUUAUAUUAUAUAAUUCGUGCUCAUUGCUUUGAUGUCGAUACCCGCGAUUAUUUAGAACAUGCAGACAUAGAAUUGAACGAUAUAAUCGGUUCUUAUAUUCACACCCAAUUCUUGAUGCUGAAUCUGGUAAUCAAUCAAUGGAUGUUGAACAGUGAUUUGACUCGAGAUCAAUUAAGCCAGCUGCUGUUAUUUUACAUUGGUACCGCAGCUGAAAUCAUGAAUGUCUUUUCUCUCGCCUCCGAAAGAAUAAUAAUGUUAUUCGGAUAUAUGAUGAUAGUGCCUCUCAUCAUGUGUACAUGGUCCUUGGUGCAGUUCACAGUUGCGCCGACAGUCACCAAGUCGAAGAAAUCUCGAUUGUUGUCCGGUAAUACUGCCAGGCAAAAAGUUCAAACGGAAACCAAUGAAAACAGCAUCGAUUUACGAAGACUCUUUCUGGGAAACAAAAAUAUAAUUUUUCAAGAUGGACCGUUCCUGGUAUUUCGUAUAAUAAUGAUAACAAAUUUCGGUUUUGUUAGCAAUAUGACUAUAAUGUAUACGUUAAAGAACGUAAUAGUGAUAUUGCAACAAUUGUGCCAUUAUUAUGUACUAUACAUGGAGAAGAGAAACCUGAAUAAGCAAUGUAGCAAAAUGGAUGUGUCGAAUAUCAGUAUUAUUUCUCAAGGUGAUAUGUACAGAGAUAUAAGAAUGAGAAAUGUGAGAUAUAUCAACAGGCCGAAAAAUCAACGUGUUAAGGAUGUAGUAGCAAAUAAUAGUGCGAUCGGAGAUUUGAAUAAGAUCAAUUCUCUCCCCAAAAAUGUCGUUCCUUCUAAACG